AUGCUCACCAAAGUCGGUCGAGAGGUCUUACGCAAGACCCCCCACGAUGUCGUGGUUCUCUCUGCCGUAAGAAGUCCGAUAACUCGCGCCUUCAAGGGCGGAUUCAAAGAUCUGUGGCCGGAGGAGAUCUUGAUGCCGGUAAUGCAAGCAGCCGUACAAAGAGCCAAAAUCCAACCGGGCGAUGUAAAUGACGUUCUCAUCGGAAACGUACUCGCAGAACUUGGCUUCGCCAAAACAGGUCGCAUGGCUCUGAAUGCAGCCGGUUUCCCGAAUUCGACUACCUUCCAUACUACCAAUCGACAGUGCUCAAGUAGUCUGCAGGCUAUUACGCACAUUUCGCACGCUAUCAUGGUUGGUCAAAUUGAUGUUGGUAUGGGUGGUGGCGUGGAGAGUAUGACGCGGUGUUAUACGACCCGCGGUAUCCCCGUUGAUGUUUCGCCUACGUUGAAAAAUUCGCCUAUCAAGGAUGCAAGGGAUUGUAUUAUGCCUAUGGGCGUUACGUCAGAAAAUGUCGCGGAGCGAUAUGGUGUUUCUCGCCAGGAGCAGGAUGAGUAUGCCGUGGAGAGUCAGCGACGGGCUAGCGAAGCGCAGAAAAGCGGAUUGUUUGAAAAGGAGAUUGUCCCGAUUAAUGUUCGAUGGAUCGAUGAGGAAACUAAAGAGGAGGGCGAGAGACUUAUCUCUCUCGAUGAGGGUAUCCGUCAUGGCGUGACUUAUGAAAAGCUAGCUAAGCUCAAGCCGGCAUUCAAAGAGCACGGUGGAAGCACGGCAGGUAACUCUUCGCAAAUCUCAGAUGGUGCAUCAUCUGUCAUCCUUGCACGUCGCUCAUGGGCCGAAGAGCGCGGCCUAAAGCCCAUCGGACGAUUCGUCGGUACUCAGGUAGCCGGAAAUGCGCCCGAUGAGAUGGGCAUUUCUCCCAUCUACGCUAUUCCCCAACUCUACAAAUACACCGGCAUUGAGCAAAAGGAUGUUGACGUCUUCGAAAUCAAUGAGGCUUUUGCCAGUCAGACUCUGCAUAUUCUGAGAAAACUCGGAUUGGACACGGCCAAGGUUAAUCCCAAGGGUGGUGCUAUUGCUUUGGGACAUCCUGUUGGCGCGACUGGUGGUCGACAGACGGCUACGCUAUUUGCUGAGCUGGAGAGACAGGAUAAGGAGUUGGGCAUUGUGUCUAUGUGUGCAAGAGCCGGAAAAUGGCAUUAUGCGCCUACAAAGGCGUCUGCACUGUCAAUUCCUCGCCAUGCUCACUUGACCCCAGCUUCCAACGCAUUUCAGAGAUACCUACGACAACAGCAAACUCGCACAUUGGGUUCAGUCAGCGCUAUUGAUUCCGUCAUCUUCAGAACCCUUUUUGGCACAGAGGAGAUUCGACAGAUAUUCAACGACGAAUCCUACAUAAAACGCUGUGUCGACGCUGAAACAGCCCUAGCCCGCGCACAAUCCAAAUGCAACGUAAUCCCCCACCAGAUCGGGGCACAAGUAACCCAAAACGCAGUCGCAUCCAAACUUGACUUGGAGCGAUUACGCCACGAAACUGAGAUUGUAGGAUACCCAAUCUUGCCGCUUGUACGACAAUUGAGUGCUCUCUGCGGCGAAGAGGCGGGKAAAUAUGUGCAUUGGGGUGCGACGACGCAGGAUAUUAUGGAUUUAGCAAGUGUGUUGCAGAUGAAGGAUGGUUUGGUGGUUGUUGAGCGUUUGUUGAGGGAUGUUAUCAAGACGUUGAGGGAGCUUUCGGAAAAAUAUAGAGAUACCCCUAUGGCCGGAAGGACGCAUUUGCAGCAUGCUUUGCCGGUUACGUUUGGCUACAAGUGUGCCGUCUGGUUGUCUGGUUUCCAGCGCCAUUUGGAACGUCUCCAAGAGCUCAAAGAUAGGGCUUUGAUGGCCCAGUUUGGUGGUGCAGCUGGUUCGUUGGCUUCGUUGGGUGACGGGGAUGACGGACUUCGUGUUCGGAAGGCUUUGGCGGAGGAAUUGGGUCUGACGGAUCCGUCGAUUACCUGGCAUGUCGCUCGCGAUGGAGUUGCGGAAAUCACCAACUUCUUGGCUCUUCUUGGUGGAUCAAUGGGCAAAUUAGCUUUGGAUAUCAUCAUCAUGAGCUCAAAUGAGCUGGGCGAAGUUUCGGAACCAUUUGUGCCUCACCGCGGUGCCUCCUCGACGAUGCCUCAGAAACGUAACCCGAUCUCUAGUGAAGUCAUUUUGGCUGCUUCCAAGAUUCUACGUUCUAAUGCUGGACUAGUUCUUGAUGGAAUGGUAUCCGACUUUGAGCGUGCGUCGGGUCCCUGGCAUUUGGAGUGGGUUGCUGUGCCCGAGAGUUUUGUUAUUGCCGUUGGUGCUUUGUUUCAGACUCACUUCGCUCUUUCGGGUCUUGCAGUCAACACUAAGCAAAUGCUGGACAACCUACAUUCUACUCGUGGACUGAUUGUUGCUGAGGCUGUUAUGAUGGGUAUGGCGCCGUAUGUUGGACGCCAGACAGCACAUGAUAUUGUAUAUGAAGCAUGCCGGAACAGUAUCGAGCAGGAUAGGUCUUUGCUUUAUUGUUUGUUGCUGAAGAAGGAGGUUACCUCCAAGAUGAGCACUGAGAAGCUUGAGGCGUUAUGCAAUCCUGAAAACUAUUUGGGUGCAGCACCCAAGAUGGUGGAUGAUGUAUUGGCUGUCAAGGAUUUGUAA